CAGGGCUGGGCGAGGGUCUGCUUGAAGGCCAGCCGGCGCCAUGUGGGUCUUGCUGUUCUUCCUGGGGGUCUUCUUGCACCAGGGGGGUCUUGCCCAGCUCUGGCCCCCUCCACGGACGGAGGGUCAAGCGGACACUCCCCAGGCCGUGAGGGUCACCUGCGAGCCCCACCGUGUGGUCGUGUCUGCCCACCGGGACCUCUUUGGGGUGGGCAGGCUGGUGGCCCCCGCCGACCUGGCCCUGGGGGUGGCCCGGUGCCGCCCGGCCGCCUUUGACCCCGUGGCCAACCAGGUGGUCUUUGAGGCCGGCCUCCACGAAUGCGGCAGCACCGUCCAGAUGACUCCAGACUUGCUGAUCUACCGGACCAGCCUCUUCUAUACUCCCUCUCUGGCCCACAACCCCAUCAUCACCAGGACCAACGCGGCCGAGAUCCCCAUCGAGUGUCACUACCCCAGGAAGGGCAACCUCACCAGCCGAGCCAUCCGGCCCACCUGGGCUCCGUUCCGGUCUACCAUAUCGGCCGAAGCAAGGUUGAGAUUUUCAUUACGACUGAUGAAAGACGACUGGAGUGCGGAGAGGACCUCGACCCAUUUCCAGCUUGGAGAGACCCUGCGGCUUCAGGCCAACGUCCGUUCCGAAAACCACGUGCCCCUGAGGCUUUUCGUGGACAGCUGCUUGGCCGGAUCGAGUCCUGAAGGAAUCUCAGCAGCCCAAUAUGCCAUUGUCGACUCUCAUGGGUGCCUGGUAGACGGGCGGCAGGACUCGGUCUCCUCCGCCUUCCUCUCCCCUCGGACCCAGGAAGAGUCUUUGCGGUUUACGGUGGACGCUUUCAGAUUUUCCGGCGACCCUACCAAUCUGAUCUACAUCACCUGCCGCUUGAAAGUCACUCCGGCUGAGCAAGCGCCGGACGAAGUAAACAAAGCAUGUUCAUAUAGUGCGGAAACCAACAGCUGGGUCCCUGUGGAAGGCGCCCGGGGCAUCUGCCUUUGCUGCGAGAGCCAGAGCUGUGGGCGGGCUUUGAGGCUUCAGUCCCAUCGCUUGAACCCCAGGUUCGAAAUGAGUUGGCAAAGAAGCCUGCCAGUGGGGACGGACGCUGGCCACGCUCGCCUGGUCCUGGGCCCGAUCCUGGUCUCCGAUGCCCACGAGGGAGUCCCUGCAGAAGAGGAAGAGGAGGACGGAGGCGAUGACGACAACGAGAUGGUGCUGGAGGAGGAAUUCCUGCCGGUGGUCGAAACCAAGACAGAGGGAACCGGAACUCGGAUCCCCUUCGAAGAGAAGAAAGGAACUACCAAUAUUUCAGAAGAGGAAGUUAAACCAGAACUGCCUUGGGAAGCCUAUGUCCGAGGAGGUCCCAUCGUCCACAGUGGUGAAGAUGGCUCUGGAUUUGGGGAGCAAGUCAAAGCCGUUGUGACAGAAGAGAGCACAGCCUUGGAAUUCAAGGCCGGGGUGGUCUCCCGGACCCUCGAAGACGAUCUCUCUUCUCGUACUUUGGGCAAGGUCCCUUCGGAAGGGGUCAACCUGGCCGCAAAAGGCCUGAAGCAGCCGCCCGGCGGAGUGAUGCUCCUGAGCGUGUCCAUCCUGCUGGCCGGAGCUGGGGUCACCCUCCUCGUCUUGGGGGCCUUUGUCUUCUCCCGGAGGAGCCGCUGCCAUUCGAACCCAGCACACCAUCCUUCCACUCUUGACACAAGCCUCUGACGCAUUCUUAUCCGCUGUGAAGAAACAGAGUAAAGCAAAACAAUAUGGCUUUGAA